AUGGAUAUGCAUAUGGAUAUGGAACCGGUAAUGGAACCGGAACAGGUGACUGUACUGGUACGGAAACUGGUGAAGGUACCGGUACGGGAACUGGUGAAGGUACCGGUAGUGGAACCGGAACAGGUGACUGUACUGGUACGGAAACUGGUGAAGGUACCGGUACGGGAACUGGUGAAGGUACCGGUAGUGGAACCGGAACAGGUGACUGUACUGGUACGGAAACUGGUGACAGGUACCGGUACGGGAACUGGUGAAGGUACCGGUACAGGUACCGGAACUGGUUUUCUUGGUUUGUAUACGUAUCCGUGUCUGCCGUAA